AUGGUGUGUAGAGGUGAUUUUAAUGCUGUAAGGGUUGAGGGGGAGAGGAGAGGGGUGAGUUCCUACUGGAGAGAAGAUGAUAUGAAGUGCUCUGAUGAAUUUAUUAUUGAGUCUGAGUUGGUAGAUUUACCGUUAGUAGGGAGAAAAUAUACAUGGUACAAAAUAAAUGGAAAGUGUAUGAGCAGAUUAGACAGAUUUUUAGUUUCAAAUGCUUGGUUGUCUCAUUGGCCACAUACAACACAAUGGGGUCUUAGUAGAGGUGUGUCAGAUCAUUGUGCUAUUUUGUUGAAAAAUGAAGAUAUCAAUUGGGGUCCAAAGCCUUUUAGAGUUCUUGAUUGCUGGAGGGGUGAUGCGAGGUACGCCAUAUUUGUGAGGUCCCAAUGGAAGGAAUUAGAUGUGGAGGGGAGAGCUGCAUUUGUACUAAAGGAGAAACUCAAGCUCUUAAAAUGUAGAUUGCGUUGGUGGAAUCAAGAGACAUUUGGUUGUUUAGACAGGAAAAUAAAUGAGGCUCGGAAUAUUGUUAACAUGCUGGAUCUUAAGAGUGAAGAUUCUAAUCUACAAGAAGUUGAAGUUGUGCAAAGAAAGGAGUGGAGAGCUCAGUUGUGUGCAUCAUUGACUCUUAAGGAUAAUCUGUUGUUUCAAAAGUCUCGUCUUAAUUGGUUGCAAGCAGGAGAUGCUAACUCAAAAUUUUUCCAUGCCUGUAUCAAUCAUAGAAGGUUAAAAAAUGAGAUUCGAAUCUUGAAGGUGGCCAUUGAAAGGUAUAAUGAGCCUUCGACAAUAAAAGAGGCAGUCAAGGGCUUUUUUGAAGGUCACUUCUGUGAGUGUUUGCAUGCUAGACCUCGACUUCAAGUUUUUUUGGCUUUUUUACAUGAGUUUCAUGCUAAUGGAAAAUUAGUUAAAGGCUCCAACAACUCUUUUGUGGUUCUUGUGCCUAAAACUGAUAAUCCUCAAAAAGUGGAGGAAUACCGACCUAUUUCCUUAAUUGGAUGUAUGUAUAAGGUGUUGGCGAAAGUACUGGCAAAUAGAAUGAAGAAAGUCAUUGGGAAAGUUAUUUAUGAGAGUCAAUCAUCAUUUUUCAAAGGACGGCUAAUUCUUGAUAGCGUCUUGAUUGCCAAUGAAAUUCUAGAAGAGGCAAAAAGAAAGAAAAAACAAUGCUUGUUAUUUAAGGUUGAUUUUGAGAAGGCUUAUGAUUCUGUCAAUUGGGAGUAUAUUUUUUUUGUUAUGGAAAAAAUGAGGUUUCCAAUUUCAUGGAGGAGGUGGAUAGCAGAGUGUUUAGCCACUGCUAGAGUGUCUGUUCUUGUGAAUGGAAGUCCAUCUAGUGAAUUUGGAGUUGGUAGAGGGUUGAGACAAGGAGACCCACUAGCUCUUUUUCUUUAUUUGAUUACUGUAGAAGGGUUGUCUUCUUUGAUGUCUAAAGCAGUGCAGGAAUAUGUGUUUACAGGCUAUAUGGUUGGUGGGGAUGUAGUGCCAGUAUCACAUCUACAGUAUGCUGAUGAUACCAUCCUAGUGGGCGAUGCUACUCUGAGUAAUGGUUGGGCUAUUAAAGUUAUUCUACAACUGUUUGAGUUAGUAGCUGGUCUCAAGGUUAAUUUCUUCAAAAGUCAGCUCUUGGGUGUUAACGUUGACCAGGUUUGGGUGCAGUCUUUGGCUCAGUUUCUAAAUUGCAAAGUUGGGUCUUUUCCGUGCUCUUACCUAGGAUUACCACUUGGUGUUAAUCCCGCUCGCUUGACGACCUGGCAGCCCGUGGUGCGGAAGGUGGAAAAAAGUUAUCUAAAUGGAAGAGCAAAUUAUUGUCCUUCGGUGGUAGGCUUGUCCUCUUGAAAUCCGUGCUCCACUCCAUCUAGAUCUAUUUUCUUUCCUCAUUUAAGGCUCCCAAAGGAAUCAUUUCACAUCUUGAAUCUCUGUUCUCAAAUUUUCUUUAGGGAGGGGAUGAUGAACAUAGGAAAUUAGUUUGAGUCUCUUGGUCUGAUGUGUGUCGAGAAAAACAAUAUGGGGGACUAGGUUUGAGAGAUUUGAGAGCUUUCCAUUUUGCUCUAUUAGGGAAGUGGAGGUGGCGUCUAUUAGUUGAGAGAGAUAGGUUGUGGAAUAAAGUGUUAACAUCUUUAUAUGGAGUGCCAUCCUUGACUUCGGAAGGUAGAAGGGGUAGUGUGUCCAGGUGGUGGUUAGAUCUGUGGAGUAUUGAUGUGUGUGAUGGUAUCUCUUGGGAUUGGUUUUCUAUGAUGUGUGUAAGAGUUUUGGGUAAUGGGCGAAACACUUCUUUUUGGAAGGAUUCUUGGUGUACUACAACUCCUUUUUGUGUUCGAUAUGGUAGGCUCUUUUCUAUUACUAUCAACUCGGAGGCAACCAUGGAGGACAUGUGCUUUGGCAUAGGGGGUGGUGUUGAGUGGAAUUGGAGGUGGAGAAAACCUUUAUUUUAGUGGGAAUUGGAACAAUUGGAUCUAUUAGUUUCUAAUCUUCGUGGUUUUCAGGUUCAAGAGUAUACUCAUGAUUCUUGGAGAUGGAAAGAUGAUUUAGAUGGCAAGUAUUCUGUCAAGUCAGCUUAUCAUGUUAUUGUCAAUGAUUCUCUUUUUGCUGAAAUACCAUUACACAAGUUUAUUUGGUGUCAUUUGGUGCCCUAUAAGGUCUCUUGUUUUGUUUGGAGGGUAUUGUUAGAUAGAUUCCCCUCAAAAUUUAAUCUUAUUAAGCGACAUGUUCUUAUUUAUUCGGAUAGUUCCUAUGUAUGGUGUCAAUAUAGGAUGGAGACUUCUUCUCACCUAUUCUUUGAGUGCUCUUUUGCAUAUCAUGUUUGGAUGCUUUCCUUGGAAUGGUGUGGCUUCACUUCUGUGAUGUCCAAUAACUUCAUUGCUCAUUUUGAUCAAUUUCUUAGGUUGCCUCUCUAUCCUUCCAAAAUGAGGUAUAGAUGGGCUAUGAUAUGGUUGACUGUAAUCUGGAGUAUCUGGCUAACAAGAAAUGCUCUUAUUUUUUUUUCUGACAAGGUGCUAUCUACUUUAGAUGUGCUUGAAAUGGUAAAACUGCACACUUGGAAAUGGUUAAAAGCGAGAGAUAAUUCUUUUUCACACUCAUUUUCUUCUUGGGCUGAGUCACCUUUCGUAUGCCUUAAUUUUUAUUAAGUGAUUUUGUUGGUGAUUAUUGUUAUCUGGGUGUGCGAUUCUGACUUAGUUGAGGCAAUGCUUUUGACAAUGGUGAUUGGUUUCACUUUGUAGUUGAUAGUUUUUUUUGGAUUGCUAGUUUGGUUGUUCCACCUAUUGGUAUAAGAUUUUUUAUUGUAUGAUGUUUGCAAAUUGAUUUUAAAAGGUAUGUAGUUAUUGUGUUGUUUUCUUUAAACACCUAUUGAUGUCAGAGGUCCACUACUUACUUUGGUUAUGUUGUGCAUAUGGGUUGG